AUGUCUGAGAGACCAGAACUCACUGACGACAACAAGGCAGAGGUCAUCUGCCUUGAAACUAUGGCGAAGGCCGAGUACAAUGACUCGCGCCAGGAGGCCAUCGCCGCCGAAGAGUUUGAGCACAACAUCGGCAGGUGGGAGGCGUUCAAGACCUACAAGAAGGCUGUCUUUUGGUCACUCCUUGCGUCCACAUCGAUCGUGAUGGAAGGUUACCAAAUCGUUUUGCUCAGCAGCUUCUACGCUCUUCCUGCAUUCCAGCAAAAGUAUGGUGAAUACUUCCCAGAGCUUGACACGUGGGCCAUCCCCGCAAACUGGCAGGUCGGCUUCGCCGUUGUCGUGUCGGGCGGCGGCGUCCUCGGGGUGCUGGUCGGUGCGAUGGAGGUCGACCGUUGGGGUUACCGAUGGACUCUUAUCGCCAACCUCGUCUUGAUUAUUGGCUGUAUCGCAAUGGUGGCAUUCUCCCCAAACCGCUGGGUCCUACUCGUGGGCGAGCUGCUGUGCGCUGUGCCGUGGGGCGUAUUCAGCACGUUAAGCACAGCCUACGCGUCCGAGGUGUGCCCGAUCUCACUGCGCGGCUACCUCACAACUUACAUCAACUUGGCGUGGGUCAUCGGCCAGCUUAUUGGCUCGGGCGUCAUGAACGGGUACGCUGUCAAGCACGCGAAUGAGACAAUGGGGUACCGACUGCCAUGGAUGCUUCAGUGGAUGUGGCCUGUGCCAAUUAUCGUACUGCUGUACCUUGCGCCCGAGUCACCCUGGUGGCUCACUCGUCGGGGCCGUCUCGAGGAGGCGGAGCAAAGCAUCCGCCGUCUCACCGAUGUCCAAGACCCGGGGCACGCCCGUAAUGCUGUUGCCAUGAUGGUGCGCACCAACAACCUCGAGAAGGAGAUUUCGAGAGGCGCCUCGUUUGCAGCCUGCUUCCGUGGUACGGAUCUGCGCCGUACAGAAAUCUCUACAAUGGCGUACGGGUGUCAGGUGUUCUCAGGCAUCGUUUUUGGUGGCUCAAUAACCUUCUUCUUUACGCAAGCAGGCAUGAGCACCGACAACGCGUUCAAGAUUGGCCUCGGUAGCUUGGCUCUGGCGUUUCUCGGCACAUGCACGUCCUGGAUCUUCCUCAGCCGUUGGGGCCGCCGCACAAUCUUCGUAACCGGUAUGACAGGCAUGACGUGCUCGCUCCUGCUCGUAGGAGUGUGCGCUACCGUCGCCGCCGCAGGCCACGAGGGAGCGCUUUGGGGCGAGGUCGCUAUGAUUUUUGUUUGGACCAUCUUUUACACCACCACCGUCGGCCCCCUCGCAUUCACCAUUAUUGGUGAGACGUCGUCGACCCGUCUUCGCAACAAGACAGUCGGCCUUGCACGCGGCAUGUACAACAUCUCCAGCCUCGUCGGGGGUGUGAUUAAUCCUUACAUGAUUUCGACUACGGCGUGGGGCUGGGCUGGCAAGGCCGGCUUUUUCUGGGGCGGUAUGGCGUUCCUGGGUACGGUGUGGGCCUAUUUCCGCCUCCCAGAGAUGCGUGGGCGCUCCUUCCGCGAGCUAGACAUCCUGUUUGAACGUCGCGUGUCGGCUCGCAAGUUUGCCACAACCGACGUAACGGAGAACGACGACGACUAG